AUGUCUUCCCAACAACCCGCAGAGAAUUCGGCUCCCAAGACGCAGCGAUAUUGUCUAACGGCGAACAUCGAAGGAUUGAGGACCGAGAGGGUGAUUACCCUUGAGAAUGCUGCUGACCUCAAGCUGUGGAAAUCCCUAAUUUCUUUCAGGCUCCAGUCCCUCGAUUGCCAGGACCUCAUUCGUGGAGAUCUGGCCCGCCCUAAACCAGAAGAUAAAGGUUAUGCAGAUUGGGGGUACUGCUCGAUUGUCAUUGGCAACUGGAUCUGCAACCAGGUGUCCACCAGCGUCAAACGUCGUUUGGAAAAUAGAGGGGUUGGGGAGGGAAAAGGCAUGUUUGCCGAUGACCUCAUGGACAAGAUUGAGAAAAUCGUUCUGGGAGAUAGCUCUGCCCAAAGUAUUCUCGAGAGAUUGAUACCAUUCUGGGGCAUUGACUACGAGGAAUGCGACUCCGUUGAAGAGUUUAUCCGCGAAGUCUACAACGAGAUGCAAGCUUUUCACGACUUGAAAGCCCCUCUUCCUUGGAUAAUUGCUCUUGCAAAAGUCCUAGAUCCCCUCGAAGACGACCUGCCCUCGGUUGCACUCAUACGAGAUGAGCUUAAGGAAAUUCCAGCCGAUGAGCUUACGAGAGAGAAGUUCCUCAUAUUGUCCGAAAGGCUAAAGAUCGAGGCGGAGAUGAAGGGAAUCUGA